UAUUGAGAUUUUCAAUAGUUCCUAAGAUGCUUGAAUACACUUCUAAUAAAUUCUUGAAUACACUAUUUUUACUCAACGUGAUAUUUUCAAGAUGAAUUUAAGACAAUAACACAAACAUAGUAAGACCAUAUGAAAAUGACAUAAGAUAUCUUAUCACUGUUGUUCAGAAGUUUCAAAUUAAUUAUGUGUAAACUGUUGAAUAUACUAAUUGUUAUAUUUUUGCUUCUGCAGCAGUGAUUAUGAUGAGUAGUAGCUACAGUAGCCGUCCAGGCAAUGCCUAUGGUCAGUACAGCACGGGGGGAAGAGGGAGCUCCAAUGGCUGGUCAGGAAGUGGGUAUGACCGUUGGGUGGAGCGCAACAGCAGCUACGGCAACAACACUACACUUGGCAAAGUUCAGCGCCAGUUCUGGUUCACAAAGAGUGCAGUCAUGAGGAAGCUUGGCAAGAACCAAGAUGAGCACAUUGUGGCUUCUGAUGCAGAGCUUGAUGCCAAAAUGGAGCUCUUCAAAGCUAUUGAAUCAAGCACUAAAGAACUGCAGUUGGCACUUGCUGAAUACCAAAGCAAGGUGUGCGUGCUCGCUCAGGAAGAGAAUGCCAUGGGACGUCUCUUGAAAGACUGGGGCCGGCAGGACCGUGGCACCGCCAGCCAAGUCAUGACCGCCACUGGCAAGAGCCUCAGCUACACUGCCCAGCAGCGCCUGGCUCUCCGUGCUCCUCUUGUGCGCCUCUUUCAGGAGGUUGACACCUUUCAGUCACGUGCUAUUGAGGACACAGGCCGCACAUUGGCACAGAUGGAGAAGAUGCGCACAGAAUAUCGCGGCGCGCUCAUGUGGAUGAAAAACAUUUCACGUGACUUCAACCCAGAUCACUACAGUCAGCUUGAGAAGUUCCGACAAGUCCAAGAAACCGUGCGUCAAAAGAAGGCCAAGUUUGAUGUACUUAAAAUCAAGUGUAUUCAGAAAAUUGACCUCCUCGCUGCAUCGCGGUGCAAUAUGUUCUCCCACGCCCUAAUCCUUUAUCAGAAUGCCAUCAUCCUCUUCUCUGAGAAAACUGCUAAGACCCUCAACACAGUCGCUUCAAAUUUCCAGGGCUACCAGCAUUACAACUUCCAGGUGAUCAAGGAACUCGCUGAACCUGAGGAGCGACGCGUCAUCGAUGAGGAGCCUGCAGAUCGCCGUGAACAAUCUAACAGAGACGACCGCACGUUCUUUGGCGCCGAGUACCACGAUGAUGAGGGAGACAUUGCACCGGAGAAACCAGUUCAUAAAUCUUUGGCCAAUUCUGACAGCUUGCUAAAUUUAUAUGAGGAAGCCCAUGACCAAACCCCUCAAGAAGCCAAUACCGGGGCCUCAAAGCGAGACCUACUGAGUGGUGAUCCUGAAGAUACGGAAAAGGACACACAACAAAUGCUGAAAGAUUUAUUUGAUAGCCCUGAACACAAGCCUCUGUCUCCGAUGCCGGGCUCAGAUUUCACUGGACUUCACUGUCCGCCAAGUACUGCUGACCCUGCUGCACCAACACACUCUUCCAAUCGCAUGUUCAUGCCGUCGCAUCUUCUGGACUUUGGAAUGCUGCAUUAUGAUGCUCCUAGCAUCGACCUUUCAUGCAUGGCAAACACCAACCAGUCAUCCAGUGGAUUACCAUUCCAGUCUUCGAUUGCCUCGUUCCCACCAUCGUCAGGCCCUGGUGCCGCAGCCAUGCCAAGCAGUACGCCCGGUUCAUGUCAAGCGCCCCCAGCUAACGCAGCUGCCGGGGCCGCUAAGAGCGAGAAACUUGACUGGUACCGCGUGUUUCAGGACAUCGACCCGCUCUCGGAUCCCUCAAAUAUUUUCUUGGCCAAGAAGGAGGAUGGCGGGUCUUGUUAGUAUAUUACAGUUUUGACUUCGAGAACUGUCAUGAAUGUUCAUAUUCAUUAUUGGUCGUGAGAACGUUCGGGAAGGUGGCAAACUUAUUUGGCCUGAAAGAAAAGCGGUGUGCCUAAUCUCUUGUUGCCUGCCAUGAAAUUUUCUGUGAAACGAUUUUUCUUGGAAUAUUUUACGAUUUAUUUUGUACAUUCUUAUAAGUGAUGCUUUAGGACGGCCGCACGACAUGAAGGCCUUCAUGUCAUGAUUGCCAGGCUUUCGUCAUUAAGAGUUGGAGGGUGAAAUUGCGGCAUGGGUUUAAUGUUUUUAUUUUAUAUUUUCAAGAAAAGUUAACUUAAUCCGCCGACAUUGUUAUGUUGAAAAAGCGGUGCCGACUUUUUUCAUUUGUGGUGAGCCUACUUGUUUAUAUUAAGUGCUUUCCCUCCUGACGAAUAAAUUCCGAUGUACAAAACUCGGCGCGUUAAUUAAAUUGUUACUAUAUUUUUUAUUUUCAUGCAUAGAUUUAGCCAGUUUUGUGAAGGCAGUCCUGUGUUUCGUCUCGGUUCUUAACGAGACGAAACACAUAACCGUAGCUUAUUACGUAUCAGCAACUGGUUUAUUAAUUAUUAAUAUUAGAUUAUUGAGCGCCUGUGUUGGAAAAUAGCCGCCAUAUCACCGAUAUUUUAGCAGAUCAGUCUUGGCUAUGCCUUUCAGUAAAUAUAAACUAACUCUUUGCGGUUUGUUUCUUGUUGAUAAGUUAUUAUUCGGACUAAGAAUUUUAAGCGUACUGUUUUUAUUGUUGCCUCUUCUUGGGAUCCUCCCAUAUUUCUAUCUCAUCCAUGAAAUAACCAUGGGAUUUUAAUUUCCCGUCAUUGAGUUUCUGCUGAAUAAAUAAUAAUCAACUCUGAUCAUUGAGCCACUGAGUUUGCUGUCAUGUAUUCGUCUUUUGUAGCCGCCUGUAACUCGUUCAAUUGCUAGGCUUUUACCAGUAAGUUGCGGACAUUCCAAGUGUACAACUGUGGACCAUAUUUUCUUCAACGUUACAAAUAUUAUCUAUUUAUGCUUAUAACUUUAUUUUUACAUUAUGUUCGCCGUGUGAUUCUAGUCUUAGCAGUUUUUAUCUUAUUAAGCCAGUAUAAGAUGCCAAGCCAAGGUAUUUCGUUAACUUCGCUUGACUUGUUCUAGUCAGCGCCAGUCGUCAGCCGUGUCUGCAUUACUCUUCUUUUUCUAUUAUAUACCGUUAUGUUUGUUUCAUCAAUUCCGUGUCAUCUCCUCAAGUGAGAGUGUUUUAACAUUAGAUGUAUGAUAAAAAGUUUAUCUGCCUUUUGUUUCGUUAAGUUUGUGUUGCAGAUCUCGCUUCGUUUGGUUGUACCAGGUUGUGCUAGUAUAUAGAAUUAAGUUUCACAUCAUUGUCAUGAAUCAUUUCAGUAUUGAGUUCUAUACGAAACCUCAUUAACUGCCACGUCCUUGAUAAGGAAAUUAUGUUUUGCGUUUGCUUCGCUUGUGGGUGUGCAAGCACCUUCUAUCUGUGACGAUUCCCGCUUCUGUUGCUUUCUUAGUGUCAUUUGCGCUAUGGUUUAUUGAUGAAGCAUACUGAACAUGUAAUUUCAGCGUGUAUUUUAAUGAUAUUAUUAUAAAUUGAGUUAGCUCUAAGAAUGCUUCACGAAGAAGUUAUUUGAACAAGAGUUACUAAAUACCUAGUCUUCAUGUAUAAGAAGAAACCGAGCCUGCCUUGAUACGGCGGUCGAGAUUUUGACGAGCCUCAUGAGUUGCUGAAGUCCUCUUAAUUACUUUCCUGGAUACUGCAGCGGGUUAUCCUUCGAUCUAAGUUUUCCCUGCCUAUUUAUUAAUUAUUCAAGAGAUAUUCCUCCUUCCUUACUGAAUAAUCUUGACAACUUGCGGGAUUAUACAUUCAGCGUGUUCCACAUUAUGGAUUAUUAUUAUUAAUAAUUGAUGCGUGUUAUAAACACUUAUAUGUAUUUACGAAUUCGGCAAGAUGCGAUCUUUUCCUUGCUGACACGCAUCAAGUAAUUCGAAAUUUUUGGUACAAGCGACAACAAUUUAUAAUUCAUGAUUAUUAAGCUAAACGAGAUGAGCUGCGAAGUUGUAGGUCAGGAUUCGGAGUCGGCAUUCGGAAUGUCAGGCGGAAUAUUAACGGAAAUAUAUACCUCCACUCGUAAUGAACUACUUCUGAUGUUCAUGUAUUGCAGCACGAGACGCGUACAGUGCUACAUUAUCCUAUUUAAACUUGUUACAUUAAAAAGUUUGCUGUA